CCCCCUUUCCCCUUCGCUCCUAUUACUCCUCCUCAUUUUUUGGGUUACAAACUACAUCGAGAUUUGGAAUACAGUAUUACGUUACAAAUCUUGCUGGAAAAUGGCGACUGCAAUCCAGAAUCCUUUAAAAUCGCUGGGUGACCAGUUCUACAAGGAUGCCAUCGAACACUGCCGCAGCUACAACGCCCGCCUGCGUGCGGAGCGCAGCGUGCGGAUGCCCUUCUUGGACUCGCAAACCGGCGUUGCCCAAAACAACUGCUACAUCUGGAUGGAGAAGUACCAGCGGCAGCCAGGCAGGACGUCGGGACAGAUGUAUGCCUACCCGGCUCGUUGCUGGCGAAAGAAGAGGCGACUCCACCCGCCCCUCGACCCCCAGCUACGCUUGUGUGAGCUUCGGCUAGAGGCCGAGUUGGCCCCCAAGCGCGAGGGCCCGCCGGGGGAGGCCACAGCCCUGGAAGCCCUUCUCAGAAGCGACAGCCUCCUGGAGAAGAAAAGCAACGUGUGCAAGGAGGAGGAGACUUUGCUGGAAAUACAGAGAGUGCUGGAGGCCGAGGAAAACGGAGACGGCUUUCAAGACGACGAAGACUUCGAGGCCGAUACGCCGAAGAGGAAGAACAGAAACAGAGGCAAAAACAGAGGCUCCAGUCGCAAGAAGACCGAAGCGGUCAAUGCAGAUGAGCAGGACAAACCUUACGUUUGUGACAAUAGACACAAACAAAAGCAUAACUCAAAAAAGGCUGAAGAAGUCUGCGGAAAGCGCUACAAGAACCGUCCUGGGCUGAGUUACCACUACACGCACACUCACCUGGCAGAGGAGGAAGGGGGCGACGAGGAGAAGGAGACCGAGCUGGCCCCGUCCCCCCCGCGAUACUCUGACAACCACAAACCUCAGAAGGGUCCCGACGGCGUCAUCAUUCCCAACGACUACUGCGACUUCUGUCUCGGAGACCAGGACUCCAACCGCAAAACGGGCCAGGCCGAGGAACUGGUGUCCUGCUCCGACUGUGGACGCUCCGGCCACCCAUCGUGUCUGCAGUUCACCGACAACAUGAUGCACGCGGUGAGAACGUACCAGUGGCAGUGCAUCGAGUGCAAGUCCUGCAGCCUCUGUGGCACUUCAGAAAACGACGACCAGCUGCUGUUCUGCGAUGACUGUGACCGAGGCUACCACAUGUAUUGCCUCAAGCCGCCCAUGACCCAGCCUCCAGAAGGCAGCUGGAGUUGUCAUGUCUGUGUGGACCUGUUGAAAGACAAGGCCUCAUCCUUUGGCGAAGCAUAAUGACCGCCACUCCCUCAGCGUACACACACAAUACUGUAUAGCCUUUACACGCUCGCAGUGUACACACAUUGAAUGGGACCCAAUAGAGAAAAAUGAAACGCCUCUUUCUUAUGCGUAUCCUCUCCAAAGGAUCAUCCAAUUUUGACGCCGUGUUCUGUCCACAUUAGACAAUUUAAUGUUGACCAUCUGUCUAGUACAGUUGUCUAUCACCAAGGAAAGAGAACGAGCCCUGCCACGAAUAUUGAAAAAAUAAUGUUUUUUAUUGAUGCCCCCCCCCAAAAAAAAGUGUUUAUAAUGUUACCUGAUGAAGUGUCCAGCGGGACCCUUUAUACACACACUCCAGUGCAGUUUUGGGGAUUUGGGAUUUUUUUUUUUCUCUCUACCUCUCAUGUAGCCAAGACCACCUUUCACUCGUCCGUCUACCUCACCGCUCUAGCGAAUCUCAUAAAUCUUUUCCAUUUUUAUUUUAUUUUAAAUUAUUUCACCUAAACUGUACAAUUCAACUGAAAAAGAAGUAAAUCUGAGUGGGAUUUUUUUUUUCAAGUGUAAAAAAAGUAUGUUGUUUGGGAAAGUGCGUCUUCCCUUUAAAUCCGUAAUUCAGAAUUCAUUUUCCUUUGUUCAAAACAGGAAAUUGAAAAAAAUGCUAUAUCUAUUUACAUCAUAACAUACUCAUGUUUUUGACCCUGUAAAGCAAAAAAAUAAAUAAAUGUGAAUUUGACACA